GACUGCUGGAGUCCGCUGUGUGGAACUAGCGCACUUGUGCAAAGCGGUGCGAUGCUUGGCUUGGUCGGGAAAGCAGAGAAUGACAAUGUUCAUGACAAUAUCAGCUGGACCAGGACAGUUUGGACAGCGACCGACACCAGUAGUACAGGCGUGUUAUUAGUUCAGUGCGAGUCUGAAUCACGCGGACAAGCUACAAAAGCUGGACAAGCUGCUCUGCUCCUGCUUAUGGUAGAACUGAUAUUGGACAGAGGAUAGCACGUUCCGCCGCUUUGGAAAUGAGACACGCAGGAUCUUCCCCGACAUGAUUGUUUUGUAAUGAGCAAGUUUAUUUCGGAAUAGUAGAUCCGAAAGCGAGGGAAAGUCGCAUCAGAACAGUGUCUUUACGUCUCCCAGUGUCACGAGCAGAUCCUCAACUUGAUGCUGUAGUGAGGCGCAAGAAGAAGAAACGGUAGCAGCGCUCCAUCCCUGACGACUGCGCACAUCCAGGUCGCAAGAACGUGAGGUCGUUAGUUCGUGAGGUGGUCGUUAGUGCGCGAGGUGGUCGUUAGUGCGUGAGGUGGUCGUUAGUGCGUGAGGUGGUCGUCAACAAGCAACAUGGUUAGCCAUGCAGUUACCGGGUCACUCCGUGUUAUGCUCUAUCUACUGGUACUCUCAGCCAGUAUACUGGUGUUGUACGAGAUGUUGAAAAUGAGAAAUGAUGUGUACGAUGAACAGCCUGGAGGUUUCUGCAUAUUGUGGGGAGGGACGUGGAAGAAUGAUACCGCUCUUGUACCAUUCUCUGGUUCCAAGUCAGUGUGUGAGUUUGUUAUCUUCUCCUCAACGGCUCAAAUCAUUCUGUCAAUCCUGAUGGGUGUGAUGGCUGUUGUGCGCAUGGUGACUGGACGAUUGAAGGAGCGGUCUGCAUUUGCCUAUUUUGAGCUGCUGCUGGUGUUCAUAGCUGUGCUCGUUGCCUUGAUAACCAGUGCCACGGUAACGGGAGGGCUGUACAAAACGUGCAAUCAACUGCUGAGUGGUUGGGCUCAAGAUAGUGGAGGAUAUGGUGCCAAACCCGGGUCGUGCAAUGGUGCCUACUUUACAUGGGUAGGGCAGGACAAGUACGAGUUCUACCAUGAUGUGUCUUUAGCUCAGAUUGGCGCAUGGAUCUGCACUGCUAUGUGGAUGCUGCAUACAGCACUGACCUGUUACAAUUGUUUUGCGUAUCGGCGUGGAGUCAUUGAUGAGCCAAGUGCGCAUGUGUCCAUGGCAGCAGCUGAGGGAAGAUCAGCCGGGUCAUACAAGAAACUUGCUAAUGAAGGUGAUCUGUAAGCAUCGAGCAUCUUUCAAUUAUGUGCACUCACCUCUCUCUCUCUCCUUAUCUCUCUCUCUCUCCCCUUCUCUACCUUUCUCUCUCUGUCACACUCACUCACACUCUCUGACUUUCUCUGGCUCUCUCUCUCUCGCUCUCUCUCACUCUCUCUUUCAUUCUCUCCCUCUCUCACUCACUCUGUCUCUCCAUCUCUCUCUCUCUCUCUCUCUCUCUCUCUCUCUCUCUCUCUCUCUCUCUCUCUCUCUCUCUCUCUCUCUCUCUCUCUAUCUCUAUCUCUCACUCUUCCGAUUUUCCCUCUCCCGUCUCAGACAAAAGCAGAUAGCCUUGUGAGGUUUGGCUAUCUACUUUUGUUUCCUGUGAUGGAUUCUCUAGCUGGGCAUUUGCUGCUUUGUCACACUCUGGAGAAUCCAGUCCUUGCUUGUUACCUGUCUGUCUCUCUGCCUGUCUGUCUGUCCGUCUGUCUGUCCAUCUGUCUUUCUCCUGACUCUAUCUACCCAUCUCUCCAUCAAUCAGUCUAUCUACAUCUCUUAGUCUACCAAUAUCUAUUCCAUGCCUUGUUCCGUGUACCUUGCUAUUGCCAUUGUUCCGUGUACCUUGCUAUUGCCAUUGUAGUCGUAUAAAAGCUCUGACCAAUGCAAGACUUGCACCAUAACACUUCUGCGCACUCUUUCACCCUAGCAUGUAUGAUUAUCACACGUGCACCGCGUCCUGGAUUGAUACCUUUUGUCACGCUCCAUCCCUAAUAUCUACCUUUUCCAAGGCCCCGAUGCAUGCGCAACCCGAAACCCGGGUGUAAGCAUGUGGCGACUACAUCCUAAUGCUUAUACCCUGGUCUCAAUAUAUACUUUUUGCCAGGCCCUGACGCAUACAUGUGUCCAGGCUAUUUACGCUGUGGCCUUACCACAUGUGUGCAGCACAUGUAUGCAUCCAGGCCAUGAUGGCUACAUGCAGGUCCGAAUGCAUAUAUGCGGCAUAACAAUGUUCACCCGAUACAAAUAAAUAUUUGAACUUUUUGCCUUGUGCAAUUCUUGGA